AUGCAUUCAUCUCUACCAUACUCAUUCAAUCGAAUCAGUCAUCCAACCAAUCUUCCCCCAAUCAAGAGAGAGAGAGAGAGAGACAUGGUUCUUACAGCGUUGAUUAGUCCAGCUUUAGUGCAAUGGAGCUUCCUGGUAUGCGGCAGCCUGGGCUUUGUGCUUCUCUGGCAAGCUGCCAAGCUAAUAGACCGGCUGUGGUGGCACCCGCGGCGGCUGGAGCGGGCACUGCGCGCCGAGGGUCUCCGCGGCACCUCGUACCGCUUCCUCGUCGGCGACGUCAUUGACUAUGAGCGGCGGAGCAAGGAGGCGCGUUCAAGGUCGAUGCCGCUGCGCUGCCACAACAUAGCCCCUCUCGUCGCGCCGCUGCUCCACGACAUUGUCCGGGAGCACGGCAAGGCGUGCAUAUGUUGGUUUGGUCCGUACCCCAAGGUGAUCAGCGACCCUGAGCAGACCAAGGAGGUGAUGUCCAACAAGUUCGGCCACUUCGAGAAGCUCAAGUUUCCGGCGCUGUCCAGGCUGCUCGCCGGAGGCGUGGCGACGUACGAGGGCGAGCAAUGGGUCAAGCACAGGAGGAUCCUCAACCCUGCAUUCCAUCUCGAGAAGCUUAAGCUCAUGAUGCCAGCGUUUUCUACUUGCUGCCAAGAACUUGUGAGCAGAUGGACGCAAUCUCUUGGUUCUGAUGGUACAUAUGAGGUGGAUGUAUGUCCGGAGUUCCAGAGACUCACUGGAGAUGUCAUUUCUCGCACCGCAUUUGGCAGUAACUACGCUGAAGGUGCCAGGAUAUUCCAGUUGCAGUCCGAGCAAACUGCACGCAUCCUGGCCAGGGUUAAGAAGAUUAUCAUUCCCGGCUACUUGUCCUUGCCAACCAGAAACAAUAGAAGGAUGAGUGAAAUUAAUAACGAAAUUGAAUCAAUUCUGCUCAAUCUAAUCGGAGAAAGAAUGCAAGCUAUGCAAGAAGGAGAAAAUACCAAAAAUGACUUGCUCGGUUUGAUGCUUGAGUCCAACAUGAGGGGCACAGAUGAGAAUGGCCAAUGCAUCUCAGGAAUGACUAUUGAUGAGGUCGUGGAGGAAUGCAAGUUGUUCUAUUUUGCAGGAACAGAAACAACAUCAAUAUUACUCACAUGGACAAUGGUCAUACUAAGUAUGCACCCCGAGUGGCAAGAUCGUGCAAGGGAGGAGGUCCUCGGCCUAUUUGGAAAGAAUAAAAUUGAGUACGAAGGCUUUGGCCGGCUAAAAACGGUGACCAUGAUUCUUUAUGAGGUGCUCCGAUUAUACCCACCGGCUGUCGCUUUCAUCCGAAAAACAUACAACGAAAUGGAGAUUGGAGGUAUCACAUACCCUGCUGGUGUGCUCAUCGAGCUUCCUGUGUUGUUAAUGCACCAUGACCUAGACAUAUGGGGAAGCGACGUGCAUGAGUUCAAACCGGAGAGGUUUGCCGACGGGAUAUCCAAGGCAUCCAAGAAUCCAUGUGCGUUCCUACCAUUUGGUUGGGGGCCACGUAUUUGCAUUGGCCAACAGUUUGCAAUGCUUGAGGCCAAGAUUUCCUUGUGCAUGAUCCUUCAAUGCUUUGAGUUCGAGCUUGCGCCGUCAUACACUCAUGCUCUAGAUAACACGAAAAUGCUACUUCCUAUGCAUGGUGCGCAAAUUAAGCUCAGGGCAAUUUAA